AUGAAUAAUCUUAAAAAAAUCUCCAAUUUUACACUACCAAGACACAGAAAGACUGAACCAACGUUAUUGUGGUGGACUAAAGUUGUUGUCUCAAUAGUCCUUUUAAGUGGAUUAAUUUUGUAUAUAUAUGUUUUAAUUGAUUUGAUUAUAAAAGAUGAGCCUUCGAUUCAAUAUUCUACUGUUAAGUUAGACUCACAACCUUUUCCAGCGCUUAAUAUCACUCUGCCAUCACAUGCAACAAUCGAUUGCAAAUUUUAUACAAAAGAUGAUGAUACACUUAGUCUUACUUUCUUAGCUGAUUGUUCUGCCAAUCUUGAAUUGUUCAACGAUAGAAGUUAUAAAUUUACUCCUACUGAAAAUAUGAUUAAUUCUAGUGGCCUGUUGCACCUUUCUUGGAAUAAUAUUCCUGGAAAUGGCUUAAAUAUUAUUGGAUUUUGUGAAGAAUUAGUUGAUAUCAAAAAUAAUUAUCCGGGUCAAACUAACCUCCAAAAUUACAUAGAUUAUCUCCAAUAUAACUUUGUAUAUAUUCAAGAAAACAAGAUGAAUGUUGUUUAUAUUAAAUGGACUAGAAAAAAUUACUUGAUUCGUGAUUGGACAAAUUAUUUAGGUUUUCCUAAUCAUCAUAUUUCACUUCGUAUUCCAGAACCAAUAGCUUCAGCACCUAUAGUAGAAUACAAUCGGACCGCAGUAUCCAUUGUACCAUAUGGUUAUACAAAUAGAUAUUUUGAAACUGUUGAAACAGAAAAAAGAUUUGAAACUGUCUUAAGCAAUGUUGGUCCACUUGGAGGUGCAAUUAGCAUACUGUUAGGAAUUUAUGCUAUUUUAUUUGUGAUUCCUUUGACCGAGAAAAAUCAUUUACAUUAUGAAAGGUCUAAAGAUCCAAAUAUUUCAGAAAUUGAAGAUCCAAGUAUUUCAGAAAUUAAAAAAGACCUUGCCUCUCUUACCACAAGAUUUCAUUCUUUGGAAACAAUUCUAAGAGAGUACGUUAUAAAUUCGGAUUUCCUUGAUGAAUUGGAGACUGGAAAAACGAGCGAAGCAAUGCUAGAAGCUGCAUUUAUAUAG